CUAGACACAGAGAGGAAAAAGGGAGAACCAAGCCUAAAACAAGAUACCCUCUUGUUGGAACUCAUCCAAGGGAGGGUAGACGUGUGGAUGUUACCUGUGUCCAAUGCCAGGGUUCUGUAUGCAGGAGGGGUUUAAAACAGAAAAGUUUUAUUGCUUCUGCCACCUUGUGCGGACGUCUUUACAAUGUGUCUUUCCUGGAAGAUAAUGUCUAAAUCUCUGAAGAAGAUCGUGGAGGAGAGUCGGGAAAAGAAUCUGCCCGAGGUGGAUAUGUGUGACAGGGGAAUAUCAAACCUGCUGGAUAUUCCUGGACUUUUUACCCUGUCCAACAUAACACAACUGGUCCUGAGCCACAACAAGCUUACUGGUGUGCCUCCCAACAUUGCGGACCUGAAAAAUCUGGAGGUGUUGAACAUGUUUAAUAACCAGAUUGAAGAGCUUCCAACUCAAAUUAGUAGUCUUCAGAAGCUUAAACAUCUAAACCUUGGGAUGAACAGGUUGAGCUCACUUCCAAGGGGGUUCGGUUCUCUACCUGCGCUGGAGGUUCUGGACCUCACGUACAACAACCUGAACGAGUCCUCACUGCCCGGCAACUUCUUUUACCUUACCACCCUGCGCGCGCUCUAUCUCAGCGACAACGAUUUUGAAACUUUGCCCCCAGACUUCGGCAAGCUGGCCAAGCUACAGAUAUUGAGUCUGAGGGAUAAUGACCUCAUCUCUCUGCCCAAAGAGAUCGGAGAUAUGGCCCAGCUAAAGGAACUUCAUAUUCAAGGAAACAGACUCACUGUACUACCUCCUGAACUUGGUAAUCUGGACCUGACAGGCCCAAAGCAGGUGUUUAAGGCCGAGAAUAACCCUUGGGUGACUCCUAUAGCGGACCAGUUCCAACUCGGUGUCUCCCAUGUGUUUGAAUACGUUCGCUCUGAGACGUACAAGUAUCUUUACGGUCGACACAUGCAGGCCAAUCCAGAGCCACCCAAAAAGAACGCGGACAAAUCCAAGAAGAUUAGCCGCAAGCCGCUGGCGGCCAAAAACAAGUGAAGACGACGACUGAUCCGCGCUGAACCUCACUGCAUGUGCCUUUCCCGUUUUAUAUAUUUAUUCAGAAAGUAUGUUUUAUAUUGCUUCAGUAUUAUGCUAAUCACGUAAACCUUUGUUGUUUUACUUCGAAAAUCAUUGCUUUUACAUUUCAAAACGAACAGGAAGUCACUCAACAAGUCAUGAUACAGAUGUUAAGUUGCCGUUAAUCAAGUUUCUGAGCGUGCAUCUUGUGCUCGGGUCUCUGUUGUCUCUCUCUCUCUAGUAAAGCAUCCAGCCAUCCGAAUGAGGAAAGCUGUGAAUUUUGGGAUGCAGUGACAAGGGUUGUGUAACCGUAGAGGGAUUUAGCUCGAGUUUCGGGGUCUUAGCCAAGUCUGAGCAGGAUUGUGUCAGGUCUCGGGGGGACACCGCUGAUUGCUUCCUCUGGCUCUUAAUGACAGAUAUGAAUGGCCAGGAGCAUAAUCUCAGAUGGUACACGCAGCAGAGACCAGACACAAACGUCCCGCUGGCCAUUUAAGAGAGGGUCAACAAGAUAUUUAAACAAACCACAGAGGGCGAACUCUGUAAUGGUGGGCCAAAACAUACCAGCCAUUGUUUCACAUGUCAUUGUUAACAUGACAGUGCAAGUUUUUACUUUAAACGAUACAGUAUUGUGGUCGAAAUUAUUUAGCAUUAACGGUUUUUUGUGUAUCAUGAUGCUUACUACGUAUAUUGUACACUAACACUUCUGCAAAGCUUGACUUUUUACUUUUUUUGUAUAUUUUAAAUGGUCACAAAAUGUUUCAUUGCAAUCACAUUCAAGCUGUAUUUUCGUAUUUUUAAUCAUGCGCAAGUGAAGCUAUGUACUGAAUUUUUAACACUGAAAUAAAGUCACAGUUUUGUUGGUCAAUUCAUUAUUUGUAACGUUUCUGAUGUCAGUUUAUAAACAAUUAUUUUGUAAAUAAUAGUUUUACAAACAAUAAAAAAAUGUGCUUUGCGUAAGACAAGUCUAAUUUUGUUUACGCAUCAACACAAAGACAUUCACACAAUAAUGGUUCGUAAAUGCUAAGCGAAAUAAAGCUUACAGGCGAUUACUCUAUGGCUUGGUUUCACAGACAAGGCUUAAGUAAACCCAAAACUAAGUCUUAGUUCAAUUAAGAUGUUUAAGCAUGUUUUAUAGAUGUUACUGGUGUGUACAGUAUCUUGAGACAAAUCAACGGCACUGGCAUAUCUUAAGUUUAUGUCAUUAAAAGUUAUUUGCAGUUGAGACAAAUCAAAUGUGUUUUAGUCUAGGACUAGCCUUAAGCUUUGUCUGUGAUACUGGGGGUAAGUGUUUCAGUUGUUUGCUUAAAUUGCUUAUUUAAUUUGUUUGCAAAUGUCAACCUUACCAUAAAAUAAAGUUUUUACCAAAAGUUGUUUUAACCAUAGCCUAGUGAUAUCUCAGAUGUCAAUAUUCAAUAUACAAGUGAGAUCUCUGUUUUUGUUUUCAAAUUAUUUUUAUGGUUAGGUGAUUGUCACAUCCAUUUUGUUGUUUCUUCCUUCAUAAAUGCAUGCACAAAAAUUUUAAUAAAAUAUUUGUUCUUUGAA